AUAUUGUUAAUAAUAUAAUAACAUUAGUAAGUACAAUAACUGUACGUCCGUCGAUUUUCGACCCCUUCUCAUCCGCUGACACGCCUCUGUGCAGGUACCAUAAUAUUAUAUAAUGUGCCUUGAAAUGUAUUGUAUGUAAGCAAUUCUGGUACAUUUUAAUACUUUAUGCUUUUAAUUUAGUUACUGUUGUAGUGUGUUACCACUUACCAAUAUUUAAUAUAUGGUAUAAUAUAAUGCUUUCAAUUAACAUUCGCGGAUCCCCUAGGGUUACCAUUAGUACUCUUUUAAGAGUACAUGUACUCUUAUGAGCUCUUAAAAUUUUUGUACUCUCACUUUUUUUAUAUUGGCAACAAUGUACUCUUUUUUCUAUUUCUAUUUAAUUCCGAAGAUACCGAAAUGCCACAAGUCGUAAUAAACUUGUAAGCUAAUCUAAUAAAGUAAUAACAUAAAUAUAAAUUUAAUCGGCACGGACGUUAUCGAUGUUAUCGUCGUUUUUCUCCGAAAUGUCUACGGUAAUACGAUAUACAUCAUACAUGUGACAUAUUGUAUGAUCGUUUUUUGAAAAUUGGAAUUAGUCCGUGUUAGUAUUUGCUACUAUGUACUAGUGUCUAGUACUAUACAUUUUAGUUCGUUAACUUCACGUCUUCACGCUUACGCAUCAAGCUAAAUUGUGUUCAUCAAAAAUGUCUCGCCGAAAAUGUAAAUUUAAUGAAAAAUUAAUAAAGGAAUACCCUAUGUUUAAAAAAACAGAAAAUGAACACGAGGCUUUUUGUAAAAUUUGUUGUAUAAUUGUUUCCUUAGCCAAUAAAGGCAAAGCUGAUUUAAUACAACAUUUGUCUUCGUCUAAACAUUCAAAAAAUAUUCAAUCAACUAGCGGUUCAAAAUCUGUGAAUACGUUUUUUGUAACACAGAAUACAAAAAACGAAGAAAAAAUAUUAGCAGUUGAAGCCACACUUGCCUUUCAUACGGUAAGACAUCACCAUAGCUAUAAAUCUUGUGAUUGUUCCACUAAAUUAUAUCGUCUUAUGUUUUGCGAUUCAGAGGUAGCAUCUAAAAUAUCUUCUGCUAGAACUAAAACUGAAGCUAUUGUUAAUAAUGUCUUAGCCCCACAUUCAUUAAAAGAAGUUUUAAAAAUCAUUAAUGAUAACAAUAUUUCAUUUAUUGGAGUUUGUACAGAUGGGUCUAACCAUGGUGCUGUGAAAAUUUUUCCUAUUUUAAUUCAAUAUUUUGAUAAAAAUUUUGGGAUUAAACAUAAUUUAAUUGAACUUAAGUCAUUACCAGAUGAAACUAGUGAAACAAUCUGUAAUUUAUUGAUAGAGACUUUAGAAAACAUGAAUUUACUUUCGAAGUGUAUAGCCUUUUCUGGAGAUAAUUGUAACACCAAUUUCGGUGGUGUAGAAAGACGAGGAACAAAUAAUGUUUUUUAUCGUCUCCAACAGUAUAUUAAAAAACCAAUUAUUGGAAUCGGAUGCCCUGCUCAUAUUCUAAAUAACUGUGUUCAGCAUGCAAUUGAUGGCUUACCGAUAGAUAUAGAGUCUAUUAUAUUAAAAAUAUAUAAUUAUUUUUCAAUUUAUACAGUACGUACAGAAGCAUUAAAAGAAUUUUGUAUUUUUGUCGAUGUUGAGUACAAAAAACUUUUAUUUCAUUCAAAAACAAGAUGGUUAUCAUUAUUUCCGGCUAUUAAUAGAUUGUUACAAAUAUAUCCAGCACUUCAGUCAUAUUUUUUGUCACAAAAUCAAAUACCGAUUGCAAUUAAAUCAUUUUUUGAAAAUCAAUUAAAUGAAAGUUAUUUAUGGUUUAUUCAUUCACUAAUGUAUGUAUUUCAUUCAAAAAUUGAAAUAAUGGAAAAAGAGAAUAAUUCGAUUUGGGAGAUUUCGUCAAUUUUGUUGUCUGUAGAAAAUGCUUUACACGAACGAAAACAACAAGAAUUUUUACCCUUAAAAGUCGAGGAGGUCGGUGAAAUGAUUCGAAUAUAG